AUGUCCAGCAGUACCAGGAAAUCUUCGCGCGUAGUUAGGAAGGCUACACUUUCAGUAGAGAACAACCAGAACCAAAAUCUUUCGACAAAACCCCAAACAGAGACCCCAAUCGCAUCGAAAAAGGGCACCAAGACCAACCAUGCGCCAAAAAAAAAGCCCUCUGGAGUCGAUCCUGAGUUAAAGAUGGAUGGCAGCACCGCCGGGGUGUCCAACGACUCACCAGCAGUAGCAAUCCCAUCUAAAUCCAAGAAGAAUCCAGGGAACAGGAAGCGGAAGAUUAAUAUUGUGGAUACGGAUGAGGACGUCAAACCCAGGCGCAAAAGCAAGACGAAGAAGGAUGAUGCUAUGGACAUGUAUGUGGAAGUCAAGCCCAAACGUAAAGGCAGGAAGAAGGAGCAGGAAACGGGCAGUGCCAUCGCCCCAGCGAUCGACCAUCACCAGCCAUCACAGAUUUCUCCCGAUGCUCUUCCACAGCUCCAGUGCCCUGUGAACCGCUCGGACCCGUGCUCGCUUUUCCCUACAGAGGUGUGGCACCAGAUUCUUGCCAUAUUGCCAUUGUCUCAGGUCGCCAAGAUUUCAAUAGUAUCAAAGACAUGGUUGGACGGCUCGCGAUUGCUCCCGAUUUGGAAGACAGUCUGUGAGAAGAAUAGGCUGGGCGAACCCAAGAAAAAAUACAGAUCUCAUAUGGCUCUCGUCUGCUCAAAGUCCUACUGGAUCUGCGAUCGAUGCCAGUCGUACUCGAACGGAAAGCCUCGCGGCUCCGACCUCCCACUCCCUAUCGCUAAUCAGGACGACCAGGGACUCGUCUGGAUGCUGUGCCACAGCUGCCGUGAGCAGUACUACGACCGAUGGGAGGAGCCCCUUCGCGAGGGCACCGAUCUCUGCGAGCAUGAGGAAGAGAGGAUUACAAAGACGUAUGCGAAGUCGACCUACUACAUCCCGGAGGAGAAACUUGACUCCAUGGAGUAUGAGCUUCGACCAAACCCACACUCAUGGUCUGCCCCUCCCAUGCGCCUCUAUGACACCAUCGAUGUACAAUCGUGUGCGGUGCGAUACCAUGCAGGUUGGGUGGGUGUAGAGGCGUGUCAGAGGCGCUUGGCAAAGAAGCGGAGCGCGGCGUCCAAGGAGCGAGAUACAGCCUUCAAGGGAGUCAACAUCAAAGGCGUUACAACCAAGGGUACUGCCAUCAAGGGUGCUACUAUCAAGGGCACUGCUGCUUAA